CAGAUUUUAAAUUUCUGUGCGGUGCGCGCUCCUGCCCCAAACGAAAUAGCCGGGCCGUAGGAGGUGAGAAUAACCCGCCUCAGCAGCACCGACACCAGGCCCCACGUUUGUUCCAGGCUCCGGAGAAAGUAGCAGGAUGUCUGAGGAGAAGCCAAAGGAAGGAGUGAAGACGGAGAACGACCACAUCAACCUGAAGGUAGCAGGUCAGGAUGGAUCAGUGGUCCAGUUCAAGAUCAAGAGGCACACUCCUCUCAGCAAACUCAUGAAGGCUUACUGCGAAAGACAGGGGCUUUCAAUUCGUCAGAUAAGGUUUAGGUUUGAUGGACAGCCGAUCAAUGAAACAGACACACCUGCACAGCUGGAGAUGGAAGAUGAGGACACUAUUGAUGUAUUUCAGCAACAAACAGGAGGAGUCUACUAGAUGGCAUUUGGACUAUUGGUGUAACGUCAAGUUUUUUGUUGUAUUGUUUAUUUCUACAAUUAUAAGUUUUGUUUUUUUCCCUUUUCUGUGCUUGGCUUAAUGCCAGGCUCAUGUUUAUGGCUGACAUUCAGGGGGCAAAUCCUGACUAUUAAAUAAUGCAGGGAAACCAUUUUAAAAGCGUUUUAUUCUCCUAAAUGAACUAUUUAACAAUUGUCUGAAGCUGGGGCUGAUCUCAGAUCUGACGUGUUGUAAUGGAAGGGGAUCUUGUGACAAGAUGUGCUCAUGACUCUUGAAUCAUAAGCUUCAUUAUGUUAAUCUGUUUCCCAAUUUCUAAGCAUUUGAAUUUAAAACGGGCAGAAGUCUUUUAAUUGACGUACUGGUUUAAGAUUGUGUGUGAAACCCUUCUCCGUUUGAGCCAGAUUCUGAUGUCUGGUAACAUUUUAAGAACCAUGUAACACGUUCAAACAUAAACAGGAGAAAAUCUUGUUCAAAGAAAGGGUUAAAUAUUCAUAUUAUAUUUAAAGCAGAUCUAAAUGGAUGAUGAUGUAUGGUUUACUGGACCAAAAACGUGGCUCUAAGGGUUGUAGAUUUAUACAUUACUGUACGUUGUUGGUCGUACGGGAGGGAGGGGCGUGUCCUUCACUUGUAAACUGACUUCUUCACAUCUAACCAAACCUUUUUUAGAGUGGAAAAACUUUCGGUCCAUUACUGGCGUAUCUGUAAACAUACGAAGUCAUACAAACUGUGUUGACAAUUUUUUGAAUGAGUUUGUAAAGAAUUCAUCACAUCUACUGUUUUGUUUGCUGUGUAUUGUUUGAUUACUUUUUUGUUAUGAGAAUGUCCUCUGGUGUUCUAAAUGUAACUUUUAGGAACAAGUAGGGACAUUGGCUUUUCUUCCUAAUUUGUACAUUAUUUGUUGUCCCUAUUCUGUACACAAUAAAUAUAGUUUGAUACCUCUUGAA